UUCAGUUGCUUUCGAGCUGCACAAGACGACGGUUUGAAUCCGGCUCUUCACCGCGAAGAAAGAAAGAGAAAACGACGAGAGACUCCCAGAGCCCCCAGUGAGUGAGUGAGAGCUAGAGCUUGUGCGAGAACGAGACGGGGGAGCGCCAAGCGAAAGAGACCGAUAGCACCGAUAGGAAGACACCGACUUGGAGCGACUUGCGACUUCAGUUGCCCAGCGGACUUCCAAGCGAACGGUUCGACCACCGGAUGCCGCGACUACUAUUUUUUUUUUCGUUGAUUCGUCAAGUUAACGGUGCUCGUGAAAAGUGACCAAAGCCCACCUCUAUUAUUUUUUUUUUUGAGUGCUCAAGUACACAAUACUACGUCUGGAUGUCGGCUCAAGACACACAUCCACUCCAAACUCAAUCCUAAAGUGUUACCAGAUAGUAGAAGCCCACAGAGGAAGUUCACAGUGCGAAACCCGAAUUGCAAAUCCGGCGAAAGGCUGCAGAGAAACUACACUGAGAGAAAACCCCCAUCAUCACAGACACACGGCAGGUGUGAGCGAGAGAGCAACAAUGCAACGCACGCAGCCCGAGUUGCUGCCGCUGGUGCUGCUGCUGCUGCUGCUGCCGCUGGCUCUGGCUUUGGCGCAGGCGCAGAAUAUAGAUGCCGGCUGCAGCUUCCCGGGAUCGCCGGCGCACAGCAGCGUCGUCUUCUCGAACGCGAAUCUCACCCAGGGCACGGUGGCCUCCUACAGCUGUGAGCGCGGCUUUGAGCUCCUGGGACCGGCGCGGCGGGUCUGCGACAAAGGACAAUGGGUGCCCGAGGGCAUUCCCUUCUGCGUUCUCAACGUGGCCGCCGGCAAGGCGCCGAUGCAGAUUUCCACAGAGGGGGCCGGAGCCCCCCAGAAGGCCAUCGACGGCUCCACGUCUGCCUUCUUCACGCCGGAGACCUGCUCCCUGACGAAGGCCGAGAGGUCGCCGUGGUGGUAUGUCAACCUUCUGGAGCCCUACAUGGUGCAACUGGUGCGCCUGGACUUUGGCAAAUCUUGCUGCGGCAACAAGCCCGCCACCAUUGUGGUCCGUGUGGGAAACAACAGGCCCGACCUGGGAACUAAUCCCAUAUGCAACCGAUUCACCGGCCUCCUGGAGGCUGGCCAGCCCCUCUUCCUGCCCUGCAACCCGCCCAUGCCGGGCGCCUUCGUCAGUGUCCACCUGGAGAACAGCUCCCCCAACCCGCUCUCCAUCUGCGAGGCCUUCGUCUACACAGACCAGGCCCUGCCCAUCGAAAGGUGCCCCACGUUCAGGGACCAGCCGCCCGGCGCCCUCGCCUCCUACAACGGCAAGUGCUACAUCUUCUACAACCGCCAGCCGCUGAACUUCCUCGACGCGCUGUCCUUCUGUCGCUCGCGGGGCGGCACCCUGAUCAGCGAGAGCAACCCGGCGCUCCAAGGCUUCAUCAGCUGGGAGCUGUGGCGCCGCCACAGGAGCGACGUCAGCUCCCAGUACUGGAUGGGUGCGGUGCGGGACGGCAGCGAUCGGAGCAGCUGGAAGUGGGUGAACGGCGACGAGCUGACAGUCUCCUUCUGGAGCCACCCUGGCGGGGAUGAGGACUGUGCCCGCUUUGACGGCUCCAAGGGAUGGCUCUGGAGCGACACGAACUGCAACACGCUCCUGAACUUUAUCUGCCAGCACCAGCCGAAGACCUGUGGUCGCCCGGAGCAGCCACCAAACUCUACCAUGGUGGCCCUCAACGGCUUCGAGGUGGGAGCCCAGAUCAAGUACAGCUGCGACGCCAACCACCUGCUGGUGGGCCCUGCUACCAGGACCUGUCUGGAGACGGGCUUCUACAACGAGUUCCCCCCAGUUUGCAAGUACAUUGAAUGCGGCCUUCCUGCCAGCAUCGCCCACGGAUCGUACAACCUCCUGAACAACACCGUCGGCUACCUCAGCCUGGUGAAGUACUCCUGCGAAGAGGGAUACGAGAUGAUUGGCCGCGCCCUGCUUACCUGCGACUUUGACGAGCGCUGGAACGGACCCCCGCCCCGCUGCGAGAUUGUGGAGUGCGACACCUUGCCUGGAAACUACUACAACACGAUCAUCAACGCCCCCAAUGGCACCUACUACGGCUCCAAGGCGGAGAUCAGCUGUCCUCCGGGCUACCGCAUGGAAGGACCUCGCGUGCUCAGCUGCCUGGCCAGCGGCCAGUGGAGCAGUGCCCUACCCAGGUGCAUCAAGCUGGAGCCUUCGACCCAGCCGACUGCCGCCCCGACAGUGCCUGUCUCGGUGGCCACGCCGCCACCCUUCCGCCCCAAGGUGCCUCAGGGUCCCAGCUCCACCACCAACAGGACGCCCUACCGCCCAGGCUCCACGCCGGGCAGCAGCACCUCCAGCAGCACCGUGGGCACCUUCCCCAGCCUUAGUCCCACCCAGGUGGAGAUCAAUGGCGAAUCUGAAUCCGAGGAGGAAAUCAACAUCCCAGUUCCCGGAACAGUGCGUGAGGAGUUCCCGCGUCGCCCUGUGCGUCCGGUACUCAUUCCCAAGAAGCCCAGCAGCACGCCAUCCGCCCUGCCGCCCACCACGCCGAACAUCCAGAACGUACCACCUCAGCCGCCACAGGUGCCCUCCACCUACGCCCCCACACCGCCUCGCAGCCGCCCAACUGGCGGACAGGCGGCCGGAGGCCUGGAGACUACCACCCGCAACACACAGCAGAUCAUCGCCAAUUCGCACCCGCAGGACAACGAGAUCCCCGACAGCGUCAACAGCGUCCAGCAGAACCAGUCGCCCAAUGUCAACGUGCCCUUCGCCGUCGAUAAUCCCGACCGGAAGGAGACCAAGGAGGCCAAGCUCAACCUGGGCGCCAUUGUGGCUCUGGGCGCUUUUGGUGGCUUCGUUUUCCUGGCCGCCGUCAUCACCACGAUCGUGAUCUUGGUGCGAAGCACCCCGAACAGCCAACGGCGGCACCUAGCCAAACACUUAACCGCUUACCAACAUCACCAUGCUCAUCAUCACCAGAAGCAGCAGCAGCAGCAGCAGCAGAAGCAGCCAAAGCAAUCCAAGCAGCAGCGCCCCAAGAAGCAGCAGUUCGAGGAGCAGCUCCACCACCAUACCCAGUACCAGUACCAGUACCAAUACCAAUACCAGUACCCGGACCAACUACAGUUCCACCACCAGAAAGCGAAGGUCCUCGGUGUCGGAAUUCCGCGGCCCAGUCGCCUGCCCAGCUAUGCCACGGCGACGGCCACCAGUGCCACCAGCUAUGCCUCCACCGCCCAACUGACCAAGCACCACCCGAGGAUGCGUCUCUUUGGAGGGCCGCCGGGUGUCGGGGAGUACGGCAGUCUGGGCUCCAGUACGGGCGGUGCGGCUUGGGAUCGGGAGCGGGAGCGUGAGCGGAUGGAGGAACGUGAACGGGAGCGGGACAGGGAGCCAUCGGUGUGGUGCAGUGUCCUGGCACUACCCUUCGACGACCAGAAGUUGGGCAGGCGGGAGAUAAAUAGCUAUGGGCGAGGCUAUCGCAGCCGGGCGGGGCUCUUCAGCAGCUCCCAGAACAUAAACCGAACCACGCAACACUACCGCCAUCGCGCCUCGCCCGACUGCAACACGGUCGCCAGUUUCGACAGCUCCACCUCCGGUUCCCGCAACGGACUCAACAGAUACUACCGCCAAGCCUGGGAGAACCUGCACGAGUCCGCUUCGAAAAACAGCUCGCACAACGCCCUGCGCCGUAAGGAGACCCUCGAUCCGCCCAGCAUGACUCGAUCCCGCGACAAUCUGCGCGACAACAUGCAGCGAUCCCGUGAGAACCUGGACAGGUGUGGCCGUGAUAACUACGGAAUGCGAGACGACUCCGAGAUGGUGGUGUCCGACGUCUGUCUGAAGGGCGAGAAGAAGCGCCAUCAUCAUCACCACCACAAGAGCAGCUCCCGCAACGGGGACUACCGCGAUCGGGAUCCUUCCUCCGGCAGGCGCGAUCACCACAGGCAUAGCGGCGGCGGCGGCGGAGGUGGUGGUGGCGGCCACUAUUGACCUACCAUGGUCAUCACCAUCAACGUGGAGCGGCAGUAGCCCAAACGACAGUCGAAAGCGGAAUCCAGGAGGAGGAGCAACUCCCCGGAAAUCGGGGAACUACAGCGAGCGCAACAUCGAAAAGUUUUUUGUUUAAUUUUAGCAACAGUUUUUUUUUUUUGCGCUUUAGUUAUUUAAGAAAGAAACAUAAGAAAGGAUGGAAGAUCGAGGAGACUUUCUGUUCAUAGCGAAAACGAAAUGUUAGACCAGCAGCAGAGCAAGGAUUCUGUCCUUGCAAGUCAAUACUUAGCUAUACUUUAAAGGGGAGACGAGUCCCGGAAUCUCUUGGGGCCUGGGCCAAAGCUAUGGGCUAUUCUUAGAGAUUCAAAGGCGACUGAAGAACAUUGCGGAGAACACAAAAGCCUUAGGAGAAUCAGUUAGCCAUUGAUUUGAAUUAGGGAAUCAAUGUCUGCUUUUCCAAACCCGAACAAGGCGAUUUCUAUAAAGUAUUAUAGAGACACGCCUUUGCCAGGAGUCUGACACACGGUUGCUAGCGAAGAUUUAAGAUGCCUGAUUCUCCGGAGAAGCCGCCAGAGAUUCCGGGGAAGCCCCGCAGUUUACAUAUAUUGUACAUGUGCACUCGUGCUUAGAUUUGGUCCAAACUCGUAUAAUUUAUUCGCAAAGCUUUCCAUAAGGUUCUUAGUUAAAUUCUCUUUAUGAAUUAGUUGUAUGUAAAGAAGUGAACACAGGGCGUAAUGGCGAGGCGAGGCGUAGGCGUAGUAAUUAUUAGUUGCACCAGCACAAAACCCCCAACCAUCCACUCAAUCACCCCAAAGCCCCCAAUCGCAAUCAAUCAAUCGAGCAGACCGAAGCUGCAGCCAAAUUAUGUGCAACUUGGUUUCGUUUCAACGCAAGCCAAAUCGACUUGCUCAUAGUCGCAAAUUAGUUACGUAAACUUAAACUAUAGAUAAAAUGUUCCACACCAAUUGCAAUCGACCAGCAGCAAGAAAUACAGGCUAUAAAAUACAAGUAAUGUCGUAGUUCGUGUGCCACAUCUGCACAGUUUUGAAACAAAUUGUAGAGAUAAUUCACCCGCGCACUGCUGCACAAACUCCAUUCCAUUAUCCAUUAUUUUUUUGUCGUCUAUCCCUAUCUAUUAUUAUCCAUUAUAUAAUAUGUGUAUCGCCCUCUGUAUUUGUAUUUUUAUAGAGUCUUGUAAUUUGUAGAAUUUGUUUUUGAGUGUGUAAACGUCAAGAGCGGUUCAGUGCUAAGGAAUGCCGCUCAGUAUGCAAUAUUAUUUGAAUUUCGUGCAUUAUU